AUGUCGUCCUUGACAGACUCUCUCAGAGCAGAACCGUUCACCAUGAGCACCACAACCGCAUCGGAGAACAUAGCCCUCGUGUGCCGCAAGGUCACCGAGGUCCAACAGAACAGUGCCUUCGAUCUCAUUGACGACUUCAUCCACCAGGACUGGGUCCUCAAAUGCCUGGCCGCCCUGGAGAUCGCGAAGGCGUACACAUCAUCAUGUGCAACCUUCACAAAGCUCUCUUAG